AGUCACAGGAUAAAUCUGAGGGGUCCUGAAACGAUUAAUGGAACAGGAAUAAGGUUUUGCUACACAAAUUUGAAUUCAUUUUAGGGCUACUUUUUAAUCUUUGCGUUUUUGUCCUGCCUGUUUGGACCUCAGAAAUUUGGUUAAGUUAAACCAUCUGAGAAGUUUAAAGAGUAAAUGUGUCUGAAAUGUGACAAGGGACCCGUACGAGGACUGUUUAAAUUUACGAGGAGCACUUGAAGGCAGCACUCCGGCUGGUCGCACACAUGCACUCACACUCAUCGGCGCCGCUAGUGCCACGUCAAACGUGACGCGACAGGAGGCGUAGUCCGAGUGGGAUGUAGUCGUAACCAGAACAAGAAACCACACAGCCACUGGCUUUAAUGGUGUCAAACACAAGAGGAGCGCCUGCGAGAGUGUGGUAGAAUUAAUCAAAAGCACUGUUGAUCAUGGAUCCCAGCGCCAGUGGACUCACCCAGAGGUUGGCUGAAGCCGGCCAAUCUCACCUCUUGCAGUUCUGGGGUGAGCUGAGCCCUGAGGAGCAGGCCAACUUGACCCAUGACCUGCAGGGGAUGGACUUUAAAGAGAUCAGUGGAUUCUUCAAGAACGCCAUGGAGACGUCAAGCAGCACCAAACACGAGAAGAUGGACGCCCGCAUGGAGCCGGUGCCUCGGGAAGUGCUAGGGAGUGUGACGAGGGACAGGGAGAGUCUCAAAGACUGGGAGCUGGCAGGUCUUCACUGCAUCUCUCAGAGUAAAGUGGCGGCCCUGCUGCUGGCUGGAGGCCAAGGAACCAGACUGGGAGUCUCUUACCCCAAAGGCAUGUACGACGUGGGGCUGCCAUCCCACAAAACCCUCUUUCAGAUCCAGGCCGAACGCAUUCUGAAGCUACAACAGCUGGCUGAGCAAAAGCACAAAAUCAAGUGCUGUAUUCCCUGGUACAUCAUGACCAGUGGGAGAACGAUGGAGUCCACAAAGGAAUUCUUCUCACGACAUAACUACUUUGGUUUAGACAAGAACAACAUCAUCUUCUUUCGGCAGGGCAUGCUUCCAGCCAUGGACUACAAUGGCAAGAUCAUCCUGGAGAACAAAGGAAAGCUCUCCAUGGCCCCCGAUGGGAAUGGGGGUCUUUACAGAGCUCUGGGGAACCAGGGCAUCAUGGAUGACAUGGAGCGGAGGGGGAUCCAGUUCAUCCACGUGUAUUGUGUAGAUAACAUCCUAGUCAAAGUGGCAGAUCCCGCCUUUGUUGGUUUCUGUGUGCAGAAGGGAGCGGACUGUGGAGCUAAGGUGGUGGAAAAAACCAAUCCGACAGAGGCAGUUGGUGUGGUCUGCAAGGUGGAUGGGCGCUACCAGGUGGUGGAGUACAGUGAGAUCACCCUGGCAACUGCUGAGAAGCGCAGUGCUGACGGUCGACUGAUGUUCAACGCAGGAAAUGUGGCCAAUCACUUCUUCAGCUUUUCCUUCCUCAGAGACGUAGUAGAGAAGUACGAGCCAAAGCUGCAGCACCACGUGGCCCAGAAGAAGAUCCCGUAUUUGGAUGCUCAGGGGCAACUAAUCAAACCAGACAAACCAAAUGGAAUUAAAAUGGAAAAGUUCGUCUUUGACAUCUUCCAGUUUGCCAACAUAUUUGUUGUUUACGAAGUGCUGAGGGAGGACGAGUUUUCCCCGCUGAAGAAUGCAGACAGUCAGGACGGAAAGGACACACCCACCACAGCCAGACACGCCCUCAUGUCCCUCCACCACCGCUGGUUGCUCAACGCUGGGGGCAACUUCAUUGAUGAGAACGGCAGACCUUUGCCCGCCAUACCCAGAGACGGAGCAGCAGGCAGUGUCACAGAUGAUGGCAACAGAAACCUGAAGGACGGAACAGACCUGCCAAUCAAAUGUGAGAUCUCCCCUCUGGUGUCCUACGGGGGAGAGGGUCUUGAAGAGUUGGUGAAGGGACAAGAGUUUCAUCCAACCCUGAUGAUCGACGAGCAUGGAGCCCACGAGUUGGUGAAGAAUGGAGUUUAGACAAUGAAGGAGAGAGAAAGAGACAGAGGGAUGAACCAAAGACCAACCUCCCUUUGUCUCUUAACGUUUGCAAGGAGAAACUGUGAUAUCAUCAUCAUGCAGUAACAAAUGUUGCGUGCAUGUGUUCAUGAAAGGAGUGUUAUAGCAAGUGUAUCGUUUGCUUUUCAGCACCAAGUUUUCUCUGCUAUGUAUGUUGAUGUCAUUCAUAUUUCAUAUUUGUUUUGAAGAGCGCUUGAACACAGCAUGAAACGAAGGACGAAAUCCCUGUCAUAGUGACUGGAUGAAGCAGUUUUCAGGUGCAUCUAUUUAUUUUGCUUAUGAGACUUAUUUUCAUAUGUACUGAUAGAUGCUUUAUACGUGGAAAUUACUAUCUACGCAUUUUAUCUGGUGAUUUUUAUACAGUAUUGGACUGAGGCAAAAUGAAGAGAAAGCUGUUUCUUACUAGAAUAUAAUUAAGGUACAUGGUUUGAGCUGUGGGGGGUAUUUAUAAGAUUUGCUUCUUUUCUUGUUGUAAUCAUUGAAGACUAGAUUAUUCAGCUUUAAGUUAAGCAAAGAUUUCGAUAAUCUUUAAUAAAGAAAUUU